UUCUGAGAGUGACGUGUUAGUUAGCUUAACUGCAACUGUUAAAGUACGUUGUGCGGUGUUUCUGAAGCUGUAAUAAAUCUGAAACUACACAUCGAGCAAUAAGAGGCUGACAAAUUGUAAAUAAUGCUUAAUAGAAAAAAAUAAAAUGAAUACACAAAUAUUUUUGAGUUUUUUUUCCCUAAUUAAUUUAUUUUUAUUUAUUUCACAAGUUUUUGGAGGGAGAGAUUUCUAUGCCAUACUAGGAGUAUCCAGGUCAGCCUCUUUAAAUCAAAUUAAAAAAGCAUAUAGAAAAAUGGCAAAAGAAUUACAUCCUGACAAAAAUCCUGAUGAUCCUAAUGCACAAGAUAAAUUUCAAGAUUUAGGAGCUGCAUAUGAGGUUCUUUCAGAUGAAGAAAAACGAAAGACCUAUGACCAAUAUGGAGAAGAAGGGUUAAAAAAUGAUGCUUUUGGUGGUGGCAAUGAUCCAUUUGCUAGUUUCUUUGGAGAUUUCGGUUUUUUCACUGGUGGGGGAGGAAGUAGAAAUGGCCAAAGAGAAAUUCCUCGAGGAGGAGAUAUAAUCAUGGACUUAUGGGUCACAUUAGAAGAACUAUAUUCAGGAAAUUUUGUGGAGGUUGUUCGAAAUAAACCUGUUACUAAGCCUGCUAAAGGUACAAGACAAUGCAAUUGUCGACAAGAAAUGGUCACUAGACAGUUGGGGCCUGGUAGAUUUCAAAUGACUCAGCAAACAAUCUGUGAUGAAUGUCCCAAUGUUAAGUUCGUAAAUGAAGAAAAAAUUUUAGAAAUUGAAAUUGAGCAAGGUAUGAAAGAUGGUCAAGAGCAGAGGUUUGUUGCUGAAGGUGAACCACACAUUGAUGGAGAGCCUGGUGAUUUAAGGAUUCGUAUCCAAACAUUACCGCACCCCUUAUUUGAACGUAGGGGAGAUGAUUUAUACACAAAUAUAACAAUUUCUCUUACUGAUGCACUAACAGGUUUUACUCUAGAAAUUCCUCAUCUAGAUGGUCACAAAGUUGAAGUCACAAGAGAUAAAAUAACAUUUCCUGGUGCUCGCAUCCGAAAGAAAAAUGAAGGGAUGCCUAAUUAUGAAAAUAAUAAUUUAAAAGGAACACUUUAUAUUACAUUUGAUGUUGACUUCCCUAAAGGCGAACUUACAUCCGAACAAAAAGAAAAAAUUAAAGAAAUAUUUAAAGAAGACAAAAAGACAAAAAUAUAUAAUGGACUGCGUGGAUAUUAACAUUUACUAUAGAUUAGCUCAUCAAUUCAUUGUACAAUUCAACUUUAGUGAUACAUUCUGUAAAUUAUUUUUGAAACACUGACUCUGUUUCAUUGCUACUUAAAUACCUGUUGUACAUACUUUUCUAAAAUCUUAUUUAUAACUGCUCAAAAUAUACUUUUUUUUAACUUA